AUGGUCAGUGCUGUUAUACGGUGUGGACUCUCAAAGCAAGCACGCUGAACCGUUUGGAGGAAUUUGAAAUGUGGGUCCUAAGAAAAAUGCUGCGAAUUUCGAUAGAGUUACGAACGCUGAAGUCUGGAGGAGAGCAAGUGCACGGCGAGAGUUGCCGAUAACGGUCAAAUGUAGGAAGAUCGAAUAUCUUGGUCAUGUCUUGAGAGGGGAGAAGUACCGCCUCCUCCAACUAAUAUUAAAAGGAAGGAUCGAGGGUCGACAUGGAAUCGGAAGGAAGAAACUCUCAUGGCUGAGAAAUAUUAGAGCAUGGACUGGGGUGCGGAGCGUGGAGGAGCUCUUUCGUAUAGCUGUGGCUAGAAUAACUAUGGCCAGAGUGAUCGCCAACGUCCGGGGGACCGGGCAGGGCACGUGAAGAAGAAGAUUGGUGAAGAAUGCAGCUGGUCGCGAUCGUAUCAUUUCUUGUGCUGCUCUGCAGUCUCUUCGGUUUGAUGGCGGCCGCAAAUUGCGAUCUCAAUGUGAUGCUGAGUAAUAACAUGAAGACUUUAAUGAAUAAUGACAAGCUAUCAAAUUCCUGUAUCUUCGGCGUUGAGUCGGUGUCAAUGGUCCUGUUCACGAGUGAUAUCCCUCAGGGUCAAGUUGUCAACGUAAAUGAAUCCUGCGAUUUUAUUGAUCCGUUGAAACCGAUGAUUUUUAUAACUCAUGGAUUUCUUGCAAAUGCAUCCACCUAUUACUUUUCUGAUUUUGCUAAGCUAUUGAUAAAGAAAGAUUAUACAGUAUUUUCAGUAGAUUGGUCUAACGCAGCAUGCUAUCAUGACCCAAUCGGGUUAAAUCUGCUGGAGUAUCCCUUCGCAGUAAAGAACACGCGCGAAAUUGGUCACUACUUAGCAAGCUACGUCAAAUCGAUGAUCGACACGUGCCAUGUUCCGCUGAAGAGCAUCACAUUUAUGGGUCACAGUCUUGGCGCGCAUAUAAGUAGCUUCGCUGCGAAGGACCUUCAACGUUCGGGUUACGGCAAGAUUCCGCUUCUCAUCGGUACCGAACCCGCGGGUCCCCUGUUUGCACAUAACAAAUGCGAAGAAAGAUUUUGCGAGUCAGACGCCAUACGUGUAAUAGCUCUUCACACAUCACUGGUCGGGAUAUGGCACUCUUAUAUAGCUCACCUCAAUUUGUGGUUUAAUAACGGAUUCAGCCAACCACCAUGUGGCGGGAUAGUCAUAGGUGAGCUUAACGUCAUCUGUGCACAUAAUAUAGCCAUCGUGUACCUUGCUAAUAUGUUGUUCGAUGGUUGUGCAUAUGUUGGGGUACCUACAUCACCUAGAACAAGUGAGCUUUCCGAUCUUGUGCCUGGUUGUUCUUUCAACAGAGCUAAUUGCAUUGUUGUGAAUGUCAGGAUAUUCGACAGUAAUUAUAGCGUAAAAGGAGACUACUGUGUAUCCGUUUCACCGGAAUUUCCCUAUUGUACAAACAACACUAUUAACUGUCAAGAACAAGGUGCUGAAAAUUCGAUAACGAAUUCGAUACUUUAAUUUCAUUAUAACAGAAAUAUUAAACAAUUGUGGUACAAUUGUCAAUUAUAUAUGUAUAGUUAGAUUAAGUCACACGAUGCGCACGUCUUUAUUUAGUAUAAAUCCUUAUUGUUGGAAUCUUUGCACUGUUAAUGAUAAAAAUAAAUAAAGCACUGCAAUAUAUAAAAUUUAAUA